CGUGCAGGUUCAGAGUGACCGUUGAGCAGGGCAGUUGGAAAGGGAGAAGCUGGUCUGAGCAGAAUGACCGAGACAAAAGCUUCCUUCCAGAUGGAAGCGAACUAACAUGGCAAGCAAGUGAGAAGAAGGACGGAGGGGGAGCCAUAUUAGCCAGAGCACCAAGAAGAGUCACCUUGAAGAGAAGAUGGCAGGGCCAGAAAAGAGUUCGAAGAGAAAACGGACCGUAAACGAUGAGCCAUGGGAUCUGCAAGCGGGCAAGGUGUACGUGUCGGAGUCUUGCUUGAGUCCCGGGUUCAACACAGUCGCUGCCAAAAAGUCCUUCCACCAGAAAUAUUCUCCAAGCUUGGACACCAUGGUCCCCAUCCGCCUGAAAGCAAGGUCAGCUGUGAAUCCAAUAGACAACGCGGGGCUGCUCUCAUUUGCGACAUUUUCUUGGCUCUCGUACCUCAUGCUCCGAGGAUUCAAGCACAAACUCAGCAUGGACUCCUUGCCUCCCCUGUCUCCCCUUGAUAGCUCAGAACCAAACACCAAAAGAUUGCAACGCCUUUGGGAAGAAGAGCUGGCCAAAGUCGGUCCCAAUAAAGCUUCCUUACGCAGAGUGGUGUUUAAAUUUCAAAGGACCCGGAUUCUGGUAGACAUAUCGGCUAACAUCAUUUCAGUUGUUAUUGGUGCUUUGGGCCCGACAGUGAUCAUCCACAACAUCCUGCGGCACAGUGAAGACCACUCCUGGGACCUCGUCCAUGGGAUUGGCCUCUGCAUAGCCCUUUUCAUCACAGAGUUUUCCAAAGUCUUCUUCUGGUCAAUGGCCUGGGCCAUCAACUACCGCACCGCUAUCCGAUUAAAAGUUGCCAUGUCGACCCUGACAUUUGAGAAGCUGCUGUCAUUUAAGACUUUGGCAUGCAUCUCUGUCAGCGAAAUGAUCAAUUUGCUAAGCAAUGAUGGCUAUCGAAUAUUUGACGCUGCUUUAGUUUGUCCCCUGCCACUUGCUGUACCUCUGCUGAUGAUCAUCGGCACAAUCUACUCCUGCAUCAUCCUUGGUCCCACAGCACUCCUAGGGCUGGUUCUUUAUAUUAUAUUCAUACCUGUACAGAUGCUCAUAGCCAAGAUAACAUCUGUAUUCCGAAGAGCCGCCAUUUUGAAGACGGAUAAGCGUGUGCGUGUAAUGUCUGAGAUUUUAACAUGCAUCAAGCUGAUUAAAAUGUAUGCUUGGGAGAAAUCUUUUGCGAAUACUGUCAAAGGCAUCAGAAAAAAUGAAAGAAUAAUCCUGGAAAAAGCUGGAUAUGUACAGAGCGUGAAUUCUGCCCUAACUCCAAUUGUGUCCACCACGGCGAUUGUCUUGACAUUCACCUUCCACAUUCUUCUGAAGCAAGAGCUAACAGCUUCUGUUGCCUUCAGCAUGAUUGCUAUGUUUAACGUCAUGAGGUUUUCACUUGCCAUUCUGCCGUUUGCUGUGAAAGCCUUUGCGGAAGCAAAUGUCGCUAUUAAAAGAAUGGAGAAAAUUCUGCUCACCAAAACUCCUCCUGCCUAUGUGAUGGUAUUGGAGGACCCCCAGAAUGCUGUCGUCCUGAAAAACGCUACUUUGUCAUGGGUGAAUUUGCCUAGUGAAAGCAGCGCUAGAAGUAAUAAGGAGAAUGUCCUGAAAGUGAAAAGCGCACGCAAGCCCCAACCCAUGACCGGAGUCACCACGUCUCACUCUCAGAUAUCAAGUGCUGGGAAGGAGUGCAGUAGUAGCAAUGUCCUGUCCAACAUCAGUUUUAUGGUGCAGAAAGGCAAGGUUUUAGGGAUUUGCGGACAUGUUGGAAGUGGAAAGAGCUCUAUCAUGUCAGCGAUAUUGGGGCAGAUGUACCUCCAUGAGGGGACUGUUGCGGUGGGUGGGACUUUGGCAUACGUGUCUCAGCAGGCAUGGAUAUUUCACGGGAGCGUCAGAGACAACGUUCUUUUUGAAGAAGCAUACGAUGAGCAGAAGUACAAUUAUGCCAUUGAAGUCUGCAGCCUGAAGUCAGAUAUGGACCUUCUUCCAUACGGAGAUAUGACUGAAAUAGGGGAAAGGGGGCUCAACCUUUCUGGAGGCCAGAAGCAGCGAAUCAGCUUAGCUCGUGCUGUGUAUGCCAACAGAGACAUUUACUUAUUGGACGAUCCCUUGUCAGCGGUUGAUGCACAUGUUGGCAAGUAUAUUUUUGAAGCAUGCAUCAAAGAAGCGCUACGAGGCAAGACUAUCCUCCUUGUUACUCAUCAGCUGCAGUACUUAGAAUUUUGCGAUGAAAUCAUAUUGCUCGAAGGCGGAGGAAUAUGCGAGAGUGGUACCCAUGCAGCGCUGAUGGCUACGAAGGGGCGUUACGCUCAUCUCAUUGAAAACCUGCACUUGGAGGAAACGCCGGUGGACAUGGUGGAUGUACGUGUGGAGGAGGAUCAGGAGGAUGUCCCCGAAAUCUCUUACAUAGGAACCGAAAAUCCCGCUUUCGACAUUUCUGAGGAGCUGAGCCAGGAAUCCAGGAGCGACCACAAAGUGAGAAGAGACACAGCUCCUGCAAAUCAACUCGUUCAGAAAGAGGAGAAGCAAGAAGGCUCUGUUAGAUGGAAAACCUACCACGCUUACAUUAAGGCAUCUGGAGGAUUCAUCCUGUGGUUCUUCAUUGUGCUUCUCUUUGUUCUGAUGAUCGGUUGUUCAGCCUUCAGCAACUGGUGGUUGAGUUACUGGUUAAGGCAGGGCUUAAAGGUAAGCACACCUUUCAGCACUAUAAUGUGUUUUAUUUGUAUACAUUUAUCUGUUACAUAUAAAGCAAACUACAGCUUCUACCAACUCAUCUAUGGAAUGAGCAUCGUUUCCAUGAUUAUCCUGAGCUUCAUCAAAGGCUUUGUUUUCACUAAGACAACAUUGCGGGCGUCAUCGAGACUACAUGACACCAUGUUUCACAAGAUCUUACGGAGCCCAAUGAGUUUCUUUGAUACGACUCCCACUGGCAGAGUAAUGAACCGCUUCUCUAAAGAUAUGGACGAACUGGACGUGCGGCUCCCGUUUCAUGCCGAAAUGUUUCUGCAGCAGCUUUUCAUGGUCCUCUCCAUCAUUGUCAUUGUCGCCAUUGUGUUUUCUUACCUCCUAAUUGGAGUCGCUGUCCUAAUGAUUAUUUUCAUUCUGCUCUUCCAGGUUUUCCAAAGCACCAUCCGAGAGCUCAAGCGAUUCGAAAACAUGAGCAAGUCUCCCUGGCUUUCCAUGAUCAUGUCCACCGUCCCAGGCCUUAGCACAAUCCACGCAUACAAUAAGAAGGAGAACUACAGCAUUCGUUUUAGAAAGCUGAACGACGAGAGCUCCAGCCACUUCAUGCUGUUCAACUAUGCGCUGCGGUGGUUUGCGCUGAGGACGGACAUGCUCAUGACUGUCAUGACUUUGAUCGUCGCCCUCUUUGUCAUCCUCAGCCCUUCUUCCAUCAGCACUGCGGAAAAAGGCUUGGCUUUGUCUUACACUAUCCAGUUGAGUGGACUUCUGCAAGUGUGUGUGAGAACGGGAUCGGAGACAGAAGCUCGAUUUACACACGUCGAGCAAAUUAUGGAAUAUAUCACGAAAUGUGUUCCUGAAGCAGCAGAGGGCAAGGCAGUUGCUGUACCUCCCCCAAACUGGCCUGGUCAGGGUGAAAUUACCUUCAAGAACUACCAGAUGAAAUACCGAGAAGACACCCCCUUGGUGCUCCAUGACCUAAACAUGAACAUUCACGGCAAGGAAAAAAUCGGGAUUGUUGGCCGGACGGGCUCUGGAAAAUCAUCCUUAGUGGUUGCCUUGUUCAGACUAGCGGAACCAACUGCUGGCACCAUCCUCAUUGACAAUGUUGAUAUCCUCACUAUUAGUUUGGAGUCUCUAAGGACCAAGUUGUCGGUCAUUCCUCAAGAUCCCGUCCUGUUUGUAGGUACAGUAAGGUACAACUUAGAUCCGUUUAAAGACCACACAGACGAUCAAAUUUGGCAAGCUCUGAGCAGAACAUUUAUGAAAAACACAGUUUCGAAACUGCCAGGAAAGUUAGAAGCAGAGGUGGUUGAAAAUGGAGAAAACUUUUCCGUGGGGCAACGACAGCUGCUCUGUAUGGCGAGGGCGCUCCUCCGAAAUUCAAAGAUAAUACUUCUCGACGAGGCAACUGCAUCCAUCGAUUCCGAGACGGAUGUGCAGAUUCAGCAGACCAUCCGGGAAUCUUUUGCCGACUGCACCGUCUUGACCAUUGCUCACCGUAUGAACACCAUCCACGAGUGUGACCGUGUGUUGGUGAUGGAUAAGGGGAAGAUAGUGGAGUUUGGCAAACCGGAUGAGCUCCUUCAAAAACCCAAUUCCGCAUUUGCAUCACUCCUAGCUGCUACAAGCAAAGUCGGAUCCUAGGACAUGAAAAUAUUGAAUGGUGCUUUCUCUGUGGACUUCAGAAAAGAAGGCUUAAUAUGGACAGGAAGAACAGAAUUGAUAUCUAACGUCUUGCUGACAAAGAAAUACGACAACCUUCACUGAAGGCCACAUUUAAGGGCAAACUCUGAAGCUUGAUAGAACCAGGGGCAGCUGAAACUAAGAACUAAAUAAGGGGAACAAGAAGGACUGUGCAAAAACACAUGGCAUUGGACUGCUGAUUUUGGAAUUCAUUCAAAAAUAUAUCCCACCUGCACGGAAACCUGUUAACAUGGUGUGUUGGAUCAGCACAUUUUCAGAGGGUGCUAACAUGAAUGGCAGACUUACCAGAGGGUAUUCGCCCUUAGCAUCCCACAACAGUUAAACACUGUACGUUUCAUACAACCUUUACAGGCAAAUGAUG